AGUACUCUACACUAGUUUUGUUCCUUCUUAGCUUAAAGUUGCAGUACCACCACUACCACCACCUUUCUCCCUCCUCUCUCUCUCCGAAAAGUUCUCUCUCUCUCUCUCUCUCUCUCUCUCUCUCUCUCUCUCUCUCUCUCUCUCUCUCUCUCUCCCUCCCUCUCCCAUUCUCUCUCCCUCCCUCUCCCAUUCUCUCUCCUCUCUCUCUCUCUCUCUUCCCCUCCCCCUCUCUCUUCCCUAGGGUUUUAAUCUACUCCUCCAUUUUUCGAUUUCUUGUUGUGCUGCUGCUGCAUGAGGGAUUUUUUUUGAGUUGUAACGAUGUCAUCUAGAGGAGAAGGGUCUGAUCGUCCGCCGCAAAGGCGGUUAGUGCGUACCCAAACGGCAGGGAAUUUGGGGGAGUCGAUAUUCGACAGUGAGGUGGUUCCGUCGUCUCUUGUUGAGAUUGCUCCUAUUCUUCGUGUGGCCAAUGAGGUUGAGCCGAGCAAUCCAAGAGUUGCUUAUCUAUGUCGGUUCUAUGCUUUUGAGAAAGCUCACAGAUUGGAUCCCACUUCGAGUGGACGUGGAGUUCGCCAAUUUAAAACUGCCCUUCUUCAACGUCUUGAAAGGGAAAAUGAUCCUACUCUAAUGGGGAGAGUUAAGAAAAGUGAUGCACGGGAGAUGCAGAGCUUCUAUCAGCAUUACUACAAAAAGUAUAUCCAAGCAUUGCAAAAUGCUGCUGAUAAAGCUGAUAGGGCGCAGCUUACAAAAGCAUAUCAAACUGCCAAUGUUCUCUUUGAAGUAUUGAAAGCUGUAAAUCAGACACAAUCUGUUGAAGUUGAUCGCGAGAUUUUGGAGGCACAUGAUAAAGUAGCAGAAAAAACAGAGAUUUAUGUCCCAUACAAUAUUCUCCCACUCGACCCAGAUAGUGCAAAUCAAGCUAUUAUGAGAUAUCCUGAGAUUCAAGCUGCUGUUUACGCCCUUCGUAAUACCAGGGGUCUUCCAUGGCCUAGGGACUAUAAGAAGAAAAAAGAUGAAGAUUUACUUGAUUGGCUUCAAGCCAUGUUUGGGUUUCAGAAGGAUAGUGUUGCUAAUCAAAGGGAGCACCUUAUAUUAUUGCUUGCAAAUGUUCACAUUCGACAAUUUCCUAAGCCCGAUCAACAACCCAAGCUGGAUGAACGAGCUCUAAAUGAAGUGAUGAAGAAGUUGUUCAAAAACUACAAAAAGUGGUGCAAGUUUUUGGAUCGUAAAAGUAGUUUGUGGUUACCAACUAUACAGCAGGAAGUCCAGCAAAGGAAAUUAUUGUACAUGGGUCUCUAUCUACUGAUAUGGGGGGAAGCUGCCAACUUGAGAUUCAUGCCUGAGUGCCUUUGCUAUAUCUAUCAUCAUAUGGCAUUUGAGCUAUAUGGUAUGUUAGCUGGCAAUGUUAGUCCUAUGACGGGGGAGAAUGUUAAGCCAGCCUAUGGAGGCGAGGAAGAAGCAUUCUUGAGAAAAGUUGUCACUCCAAUCUAUGAAGUGAUUGCAAAGGAAGCUGCUAGGAGCAAAAGAGGGAAAUCGAAGCAUUCUCAAUGGAGGAACUAUGAUGAUCUAAAUGAGUACUUCUGGUCUGUGGACUGCUUCCGUUUGGGCUGGCCGAUGCGUGCUGAUGCUGAUUUCUUUUGUUCACCUGUAGAAAAGUUACCUUUCGACAAAAGUUUGGAUAACAAGCCAGCUAAUAGAGAUCGAUGGGUUGGAAAAGUUAAUUUUGUUGAGAUACGAUCGUAUUGGCAUGUUUUCAGAAGUUUUGAUCGGAUGUGGGGUUUCUUUAUACUAUGCCUGCAGGCUAUGAUAAUUGUUGCCUGGAAUAAAUCUGGAUCACCAAGCUUAAUCUUUAAUGCUAGCGUCUUCAAGAAAGUACUAAGUGUCUUUAUAACUGCUGCAAUACUGAAGCUUGGGCAAGCUCUGCUUGAUGUGGUCCUAAAUUGGAAAGCAAGGCAAAGCAUGUCAUUUCAUGUCAAGCUUAGAUUUAUUUUAAAGGUUUUGUCUGCUGCUGCAUGGGUGAUCAUACUACCAGUUACCUAUGCUUAUACAUGGGAGAAUCCUCCUGGGCUAGCUCAGACCAUUAAAAAUUGGUUUGGCAGUGGCUCAAACUCACCUACAAUGUUCAUUUUGGCUGUUGUUAUCUACCUGUCACCAAAUAUGCUUGCGGGAAUACUAUUUCUUUUCCCCAUUAUUCGCCGAUACCUAGAGAGGUCAAACUACAGAAUUGUAAUGCUCAUGAUGUGGUGGUCACAGCCUCGACUUUAUGUUGGAAGGGGCAUGCAUGAAAGUGCAUUUUCUCUUUUUAAGUACACAAUGUUUUGGGUGCUUCUUAUAGUGACAAAGCUGGCAUUUAGUUAUUACCUCGAGAUAAAGCCUCUUGUUGGUCCAACAAAAGCUAUUAUGAAUGUACACAUAUCAACAUAUCAGUGGCAUGAAUUUUUUCCUCGUGCAAAGAGCAAUAUCGGUGUUGUAAUAGCACUAUGGGCUCCAAUUAUUCUUGUCUAUUUUAUGGAUACUCAAAUAUGGUAUGCCAUAUUCUCUACAUUGUUCGGAGGUAUCUAUGGCGCAUUCCGACGUCUAGGAGAGAUUCGGACCUUAGGAAUGCUGAGGUCCCGGUUUCAAUCUUUGCCUGGUGCAUUUAAUGGUUGUUUAAUCCCAGAGGAAAGAGGUGAGGCAGCCAAGAAGAAGGGACUGAAAGCCACUUUGUCACGCAAAUUUGAUGCGAUUCCCUCUAAUAAAGAAAAGGAAGCUGCAAGGUUUGCCCAGUUAUGGAACACAAUAAUCACUAGCUUUAGAGAGGAAGACCUCAUUAGUAACAGGGAAAUGGACCUUUUGCUUGUUCCAUAUUGGGCUGAUCGUGACUUGGACCUCAUACAAUGGCCUCCAUUUUUGCUAGCUAGCAAGAUCCCAAUAGCUUUGGAUAUGGCUAAGGACAGCAACGGGAAAGAUCGUGAGUUAAAGAAGCGGAUUGAGUCUGACAAUUACAUGUCUUGUGCUGUCCGCGAGUGCUAUGCUUCAUUUCGUAAUGUCAUUAAGUUUUUGGUUGGUGGUGACCGUGAAAAAAAGGUUAUUGAAUAUAUAUUUAACGAAGUUGACAAGCACGUUGAAUUAGGCAAUCUUAUAACUGAGUAUAAAAUGAGUGCUCUUCCUAGUCUCUAUGAUCACUUUGUAAAGCUCAUCAAAUACCUGCUAGAGAACAAGAAGGAGGACAGAGAUCAAGUUGUUAUUCUUUUCCAGGAUAUGUUAGAGGUGGUGACAAGAGACAUCAUGAUGGAAGAUCAAAUAUCCAGUCUGGUAGAUUCAAUCCAUGGUGGUUCAGGCCAUGAGGGCAUGACCCCGCUUGAUCAACAAUAUCAGUUAUUUGCAUCUGCUGGAGCUAUUAGAUUCCCAACUCCGGAAUCAGAAGCUUGGAAAGAGAAGAUCAAAAGGCUCUAUCUGUUACUAACAGUGACAGAAUCUGCGAUGGAUGUGCCAUCAAACUUGGAAGCUAGAAGACGGAUAUCUUUCUUUUCCAAUUCAUUGUUCAUGGACAUGCCUUCAGCACCCAAAGUCCGCAAUAUGCUUUCUUUCUCUGUUUUGACUCCUUAUUAUACGGAGGAGGUCCUCUUUUCCUUGCAUGAUUUGGAAGUUCCUAAUGAAGAUGGAGUAUCAAUUCUCUUUUAUUUGCAAAAGAUUUUUCCAGAUGAAUGGAACAAUUUUCUUGAGCGUAUGAAGUGCGACAGGGAGGAAGAUUUUAGAUCAUUAGACGAAGCAUUGGAAGAAAAUUUACGACUAUGGGCAUCAUACAGGGGCCAGACUCUGACUAAAACUGUAAGAGGUAUGAUGUACUACCGCAAAGCCUUGGAACUCCAAGCCUUCCUUGAUAUGGCAAAAGAUGAAGAUCUAAUGCAAGGCUAUAAGGCAAUCGAAUUGAGUGAGGAUCAUAUGAAAGGAGAGAGAUCGUUAUGGACACAAUGCCAAGCAGUUGCUGAUAUGAAGUUUACAUAUGUGGUUUCAUGCCAGAAAUAUGGAAUACACAAACGAUCUGGCGAUCCCCGUGCACAAGAUAUUUUAAGGCUUAUGUCAGGGUACCCAUCUCUCCGUGUUGCUUAUAUUGAUGAAGUUGAAGAGCCUAGCAAAGAUAGAACCAAAAAAGUUAACCAAAAAGUGUAUUACUCUGCUCUUGUGAAAGCUGCUAUGCCCAAGUCGAAUUCUACUGAACCAGGUCAAAACUUGGACCAGGUUGUUUAUCGCAUAAAGCUUCCAGGACCCGCUAUCUUGGGAGAAGGAAAGCCAGAAAAUCAGAAUCAUGCUAUUAUCUUUACUCGUGGAGAAGGCUUGCAAACUAUAGAUAUGAACCAGGACAACUACAUGGAAGAAGCCUUCAAAAUGAGGAAUUUACUUGAAGAAUUUUUAAAGAAACACGAUGGUGUAAGAUAUCCUACAAUUCUUGGUCUUCGGGAACAUAUAUUUACUGGAAGUGUGUCGUCACUUGCAUGGUUUAUGUCGAAUCAGGAGACAAGUUUUGUGACCAUUGGCCAGAGAUUACUAGCUAAUCCCUUGAAGGUUCGGUUCCACUAUGGCCAUCCAGAUGUUUUUGACAGGCUCUUCCACCUUACCAGAGGUGGUGUCAGCAAAGCUUCCAAGAUUAUAAACUUAAGCGAAGACAUCUUUGCUGGCUUUAAUUCUACACUUCGUGAAGGCAAUGUUACACAUCAUGAAUACAUACAAGUUGGAAAAGGGAGGGACGUGGGCCUCAAUCAGAUAUCACUGUUUGAAGCAAAAAUAGCCAAUGGGAAUGGAGAGCAGACAUUGAGUCGUGAUCUUUACAGGCUUGGGCAUCGAUUUGAUUUUUUCAGGAUGUUGUCUUGUUACUUCACCACCAUUGGUUUCUACUUCAGUACCUUGAUUACCGUGCUUACUGUAUAUGUGUUUCUCUAUGGGCGCCUGUAUCUUGUUCUUAGUGGACUCGAAGAGGGUCUUAGUACACAACCAGCUAUUCGAGAUAACAAGCCUCUUCAAGUGGCGCUUGCUUCUCAAUCAUUUGUGCAAAUCGGAUUCUUAAUGGCGUUGCCUAUGAUGAUGGAAAUUGGUCUGGAAAGAGGUUUUCGUACUGCAUUAAGCGAAUUUGUUCUCAUGCAGUUACAGUUAGCACCUGUAUUUUUUACGUUCUCACUUGGAACUAAGACUCACUAUUAUGGAAGGACAUUACUUCAUGGAGGUGCAAAAUAUAGACCUACUGGUCGUGGCUUUGUUGUUUUUCAUGCAAAGUUUGCUGAAAACUAUCGGCUUUACUCCCGGAGCCAUUUUGUGAAGGGACUUGAGCUAAUGAUUUUACUUGUCGUUUAUGAAAUUUUUGGUAAAACUUAUAGAGGAGCACUUGCCUAUAUCUUGAUCACUGUAUCUAUAUGGUUUAUGGUUUGCACCUGGCUCUUUGCUCCCUUCCUCUUCAAUCCUUCCGGUUUUGAGUGGCAAAAAAUUGUUGAUGAUUGGACUGAUUGGAAUAAGUGGAUAAGCAAUACAGGUGGUAUUGGUGUGCCACCUGAGAAAAGUUGGGAAUCAUGGUGGGAAGAGGAACAAGAACAUCUUCAUCAUUCUGGAAAGCGUGGAAUUAUUGCUGAAAUAUUGCUGGCUUUACGAUUCUUCAUCUACCAGUACGGGCUUGUUUAUCACUUGAACAUUACAAAGCAUACAAAAAGUAUUCUGGUGUAUGGCAUAUCGUGGCUGGUGAUUGUUCUGAUGUUGUUUGUGAUGAAGACUAUUUCAGUAGGAAGGAGAAAAUUCAGCGCAAACUUUCAGCUCGUGUUUCGGCUGAUCAAAGGAUUAAUCUUUCUUACAUUUAUAUCUAUUCUGGUAACUCUGAUCGCACUUCCCCAUAUGACAGUGCAGGACAUUAUAGUUUGCAUUCUUGCCUUCAUGCCAACUGGCUGGGGUUUGCUCCUGAUUGCUCAGGCAUGCAAACCUGUUAUUCACCGAGCUGGGUUCUGGGGAUCAGUUCGGACACUUGCCCGAGGCUAUGAAAUUGCAAUGGGCUUGCUUCUUUUCACUCCAAUUGCUUUCCUUGCUUGGUUUCCAUUUGUUUCUGAAUUUCAAACUCGAAUGCUGUUCAACCAAGCAUUCAGCAGAGGUUUGCAAAUCUCUCGCAUCCUUGGUGGACACAGAAAAGAUCGUGCAGCUCGGAACAAAGAAUGAAAUUGAAGGCACGACAAAUGCUGAUGACAGGAAAAUUCUCAUUUAUCUAGGACAGGAACAAGUAAAACAGAUUUUUUUGUUGCCUUGUAAUUAUUCUUCAUUGAAGCUUCUGUUGUAGUUGCAUGUAGGGGUGAGCAAAACCGAACCGAAACCGAAAAACCGAACCGAACCGUAUAAUUUCGGUUCGGUUCGGUUUUAUUUUUCUGGAAAUUUCGGUUAAUUCGGUUUUUCGGUUUGAACCGAAAAGAAUUUCGGUUCGGUUCGGUUUUUGAUAUAGUAUUUCGGUUCAAACCGAAAUAACCGAAGUUUUUAUUAAAUAAAAAAUAAAUAUAUAAUAUAUUACAUACAUACUGAUAUAUCAUAUACAAUACAGAUAAGAUAACCCUAGAAAUAGAAUCUAAUGUCCUAAUUCCACUGCGUGCGGCGACUCUCCUCUCAUCCAAACUCCGACUCCGAGUUUCCGAUACAAGCUCUAGUCUCCACUCCCCACCCAAACUCUAGUCUCUAUCGUAAUUCGUAACACGAAUCUCAAUCACAGUAACACGAAUCUUCAUCUCCAGCAGCAACUCAUCUUUUAAUCAUCAUCUCCAGCAAGCAGCAACUCAAACUCCAGGUUUGUAUUCUGCAUCUCUAAUCUAACUAUGUAAGACGAGCUUCAAUUAAUUAGCUUACAAUUUCGGCUAAUACUUUUCUUAAUUUUGUAAUGCAAAUUGGUAGAUUCUAUUUGUUCUGAUGUAAACUUUAAAUUUUCCGACUUUAAUUUGUCAUAUUUAGUGAUGUAUGAAUCAAGUGAAGUUUGGUUGAUUGAAAUCAUUUAAUUACAAACUGUAAUCUGCAAACUGUACAGGAUGUUGAAAAAUUUCGGUUUUUCCAAACCGAAACCGAAACCGAACCGAAAUAUUUCGGUUGGUUCGGUUCGGUUCAAAAUCCUAAUUCGGUUCGGUUCGGUUUCAAAAAAAAGUCUAAUUCGGUUUUCGGUUAUUUCGGUUCGGUUCGGUUUUGAACCGAACCGACCGAAUGCUCAGCCCUAGUUGCAUGUAUAUGGUUAGCAUUUUGGGUAUUUAGUGGGAUCAACUUCUUUUAUUUUUCCCAGAACUUUGCUCAUUGGAACUUUUAUGUAGUCAACUCUGGAUGAGAUUAGACUUGAGUUGCAUCUAUUUCGCUGCUAUAGUGCAAGAUUGUAGGGUGUAUCCGGUUGAUCAGAUCAAUGAGUUAACUAAUUCAAUAGCCAUGAAAUAGAAUUGAUUUUUCAAUCUAUAUUUUUUAUAUACAGUUAUAAUUUGUUAAA